AUGGUAAAAGUCACAGAGCUGCGAAAACCGUUUACUAUUUUAACUGUUGGCCUGGCAACUUCGGACGGCGUGUUUUCAACGCUGUACUUGUUUUACGCAACUCCGAUGGUCUUUUUCGUAAACGAAUAUCUCGCAUAUUGGUCACAUUUAUGUGGAUAUAUCCUUAUGAUCUGCUAUAAAGCUUCAACAUACUUUCAUUUUAUCAUAUCACUAAAUAGAUUUCUAUCCGUAUUCACACCAAUAUUUUACAAUCAAAUGUUCAAUAUAAAAUUCACCAAAUACAUUGUCAUGGGAAUAUAUUUAUUAUCCUUUGGCCUAAUAACUCUGUUCUUCCAAAUUUUAGGAUGCCAAAAUUAUUAUAAUGCUAAAUAUCUAGCAUUUCAAUAUUCCGGUGGAAAAAUUUGCCGUUGGUAUGGGACAUAUGGAGAUUUUUAUCAAGUUUUCACACUAACAAUCACUAGUGCAUUUUUGAAUUUUUCUGCCAUUUGGAAGGUGGCAAAAUUGAGGACGAAGUCGGUUAAAAAUUCGAUUGAGCUGAACUGGCUGAAGCAGUCCUUGAGCCAAACUUUGUUUGUACUAAUAAUUGUUUGCUGUUUCACAUGGGGACCUCGACUGCUGCCUGACAAAAAAUUCACAUUCAUAUUUUCUUCAAUUCUAUGGGCAGCAGUUCAUUGCUUCGAUGGAAUAAUAACCCUCGUUUUCAACUCUGAAAUUUGGCGUAAAAUCUUUUCUACAGGCUCCGCAGUUAUCGUUGUCAGCACUGUAAGGACAAAAACCGCUUGUAAAGUUGCGCCGAUCAAGUUCAAGUCUCCACAUUAG